GGGUGUAUACAAGCUUGAAUGUGAUUGUGGUCUCUCUUACAUAGGCCAAACUAAAAGAAGCAUAGGGACCCGCGUAAAAGAACACAUCGCCGAUGUCAAACACCGCCGUUCCAGACAGUCAGCAGUUUGUGAACACACACUAGACAAGGCCCAGCAUUACAUCAGAUUUGAUAAACCACAAGUCCUUGCAAAAGAAAACCGAUUCCUACCUAGGAUGAUUCGCGAGGCUAUUGAAAUUAAAAAACAUCCAAAUUUCAAUGGAGAAGAUGGCUGGGUCAUACCACCUGCUUGGAAUCCCAUCAUAGAAACUAUUAAAUCAAAAUCCAAGCCUACAACUGCUCGACCUAAGGAUACAGUUAGCUCGUUUUGCGUGAAUCGGAUUGUCAAUAAUAAUUAACAAAAUGUAGGGUAGCUGUUUGUAACUAAUAUAUCAAGACGACCAACACCUUAGUCUGCCCGUGACCAUGGAUGCUGUAAAGGAUCCGAAACGUCGGGAUUAAAUAAUAUAAUAUAACCGCGAUAAAAUCCGUAAAAGUAGUUUUAUUUAAAUGUCUAAUAUUCGCGUAAGUGUCAGAAAUCAAUAUGUUAACCAGUACGGACUGCCAAUUGCAAAUAAAAUACGCCGGUUGGAAGAUCUCAAGACGAAGCGCGCAAGAUUCAUAACAUCCUUGAAUUUCUUGAAGAGAUGCAGAGACAACAGCAUCAUUCCUACGUGUGCCAUAAUUUCACCAAGGAAGGACAUACGAGGAAGCGCUAAGAUCUUAAACCAGGCAAGUAAAAAGUUACUACAGCAGUUAAUACAAAAUACACGAUCCGAUUUGCACCGCGUUAAUCAAGACAUUGAGGCGUCAUCCCAUGAAUUAAAGAUAGAUUUAACUACAUUUGAUUUUAAUAAUUGCAUGAAAAUACUAGAUGAGCGCGAAAAAUCUAAAUAUAAUGAAUGCAAAACAGACAAUAAUCAAAUUUGAAAACUAACGUCUAAAUCAAAUGUCCAAAAUAACACACGAAAAGAAAACGGAACGCGCCCGUUACCUGCGAGCCAAUCACGCGCAGUUGUCAAUCUAUCAAAAAAUGUCUUGGAUGAAAAUACGGUUCAAGUGUUAUCGAAAGGCCUAAAUUUUGCUGUAACACCUCGAAAAAUACCGGUAGAAAGCAUUAUAUGCAACGUGGAAGACUGCCUGUUUAAAAAUAAAAUCAAUAAACAUGAUUCGGAGGCGAUACGUCAGGACAUUUCGUCUGUAUUACGUCGCAACAUACUGCCCAAACCGAAUCUAAAUAAAAAUCAAUAUCUAGCGUUAAAAAACCUUCGCGACAGGCCUGAAUUAACAAUUCUACGUGCAGAUAAAGGUAAUGCUACGGUGGUGAUGGAUACGUCAGAUUACAAUGAUAAAAUACAAGACCUUUUAUCGGAUGUAAGUACAUAUAAACAAGUGAAGACCGACCCCACAACAAAACAUUGA